UUUUAUGAGCGCCUUAGUUCCAUUAAAACAAAACAAAAACAAUCAAAGAAACCUGUAAGUUAUGAAGUCACUGAAAAAAAAAGCCCCAAGCACCACACUGCCUAUUUGCCAUUAGCCACUCCCGCCGCAAUUAAUUAAAACGCUUAUAAUCGCUUUGUGUAGCGUCACAAGGUGAGUCGUGACCGGAACAACGCCGUUAAUCGCGCCUGGGAGCCGUGUCACGGGCACGCGGCCUUGCCCCCACCCCACACACGUGCACCCAGUGUGCCGGCGCUAAGAUGGCGGCGCAGGCGGCGUGACGUGGCGGCGGGGGCCGCCCAUUUUCUCUGUGGCGGCCGCAUGGAGGCGGCGGCGCUGGAGCGGUUCCGCAGCCCGGGGAAGGGCAGCGGGCUGCGCUCCCGGCGGCGGGUGCGGCCCGGCGAGCUGCUGUACCGGGCCGAGCCCUUCGCCUACGUGGUCAGCAAGGAGCUGCUGGGCGGCGUCUGCGAGCGGUGCCUGCGCAGGAAUGAACAUCUGCACAGAUGCUCUCAGUGCAAGGUUGCUAAAUACUGUGGUAAAUCUUGUCAGAAAGAAGCUUGGCUGGAUCACAAGCAAGAAUGCAAGUGUCUUAAGAAUAUCAAGCCUAAUUUUCCUCCAGAUUCCGUCAGACUUGCUGGCAGGAUUGUUUUUAAACUACUUAGACAAUCAGUAUGCAUUUCUGAGAGGCUCUACUCUUUUUCAGAUCUUCAGUCAAAUACUGAACAACUAAGUGAAGAAAUGAAAGAUGGCCUCAGGCACCUUGCGCACACCUUGCAACUGUAUCUGAAAGCAGAGAUCCAGGAUGCAUCUCACUUGCCAGCUGCAAUUGACUUUUUUCAGAUCUUCACAAAAGUGACCUGUAACUGUUUCACCAUCAGUAACGGAGAGAUGCAGGAUGUUGGUGUUGGCCUGUAUCCCAGCAUGUCUUUACUGAAUCACAGCUGUGACCCAAACUGUGUGAUCGUUUUUGAAGGAUACCAGCUUUUACUUCGCUCUGUCCGAGAGAUCCAGAUUGGUGAAGAGCUCACCAUCAGCUAUAUUGAAUCACUGAUGCCCACCAGUGAACGCCAAAAGCAACUGAUGCGCCAGUAUUGCUUUGAAUGUGUGUGUCAUCUCUGCCAGGAUCAAGAAAAGGAUGCUGAGAAAUUGGCAGGUGAAGAGUGUGCCUGGAAAAAAGUCAAAGAUGCUGUAAAUGAAGUGAGAUAUCCGAAAUCAAAAGAAGAGUGGGAGCAGGUUCUGGCAAGAUGUCAGAGUCUCUUGAGCAGCAACACGGGUCCUCUUCCAGACACAAAUAUCUACCAGCUGAAAAUGCUCGACUGUGCCAUGGAUGCCUGCAUCAACCUUGAAGCCUGGGAACAAGCUUUGUGUUAUGGCAGCAGGACUCUAGGACCAUACAGUGUAUCAUUUCAUCAUCGAGCAACACACGGAAGCCUGAGCCACCUUAGUUAUGUGACUUUGAAGAUGAAAAUAUGAUGGAAGAAACAGAAAGCAAAUGUCUGUGGGUAGAGAGCUGAACAAAGACAGUAACUGAUUAUAAAUGUUGGAAGAAUAACAAAAGAUUUAGCACUGCUAAGGAAAACUGCUCCGAGAAAUAGAAAGUAGGCUGCCCGAAGGACCAUCAAAGCUGACAAAAGUGAGAGUAUGAUAAAUAUAUCAGAGAGAAAAAAAUCACCUUGAGAAAAUUAUGCAAGUCUACUAGUGAAAAAUAAAAAAUGUUUUACAAACAAAGUAAGGUCAUCUUGGAAAACUGAGGAAUGCAAUGCACACAUGACAACAAAAGCAACAAAAGGACAAUUAGAAGGAGCACAGAAAUAUCAAAAUUAGAGAGGAGAACCAUUCCAUUAAAAAUCUCCCAUCAUCACAGAAGGUAAAAAAGAGAGAGGGCAAAGAAAAUGGAUACUGACAGAGUUGCAAAUACUUUCCUAGGAGGAAAAUCAGCUUUCUCUAGCAGUGCAGUAUGCUCUUGGAAGAUAUGGUUGAUGGGCUGCCAGAAGUGAAGAUAAAGUUCUGGAAUCAAAGUAUGUUCAUUACAGCAACAUCAUGAAUACAUUUCCAUAUUAAUUCAGGUAUGUUGAACGAUGCACACCAAGGAUUUAAUGUGCUUUUAAGGCUGGCCAGCAUUUCAGAAGUCUUCUGAAAACUGGCAAAAGUGACAGCCAACAAGUAGAAGCAUACUAAACCUGGUCUUUCUAGUCGAUUCAUUGUUGAUGAACUAGAACAGAGAAAGAGAAAACAGAAUCUUUUCAUGCAGUAGUGUGUUUGGCAGACUUUGAAAAAUUGAAUUAGAUCUUACAUUACUACAAAACAAAAGGCUCAGUAUAUACAGUCAUAAAAGGGAAAGCAUUUAAGAGAUUAAUUUUCUUGUCAUAGAAGGAAUUUGCAAGAUUUUUCAUAGUGUUGUUUGGAGAACUUUGCUUUAGACAGUGGCACAAAAUACAUUUUUUAAAAAUGUUUAUGUAAAUAUGACUGAAUAUCUUCCUUGGGAAGAAUUGAAAAUUGCUGUAUGUUGUAUUGUCUGAGAUGUUCUGAAACACAGACAUCGUGUCCAAUGAAACACAAUGUAGCUCCUCAAAUCUUACAAAAUUCACACAAAAUAAGGUAUGACCAGGGGAAUGUUCUGCUAGUUAGUUGCUUGCUCUCAUGACAAUAGCUAGAGAUAAGUUAUCUUAGAAAUUUGUCUCAGUACUACACCAGAGUUAAGGCCCUCUAUUUUUCAAGGGAUUUCAAAAUGUGUAACCAAGUUGAGUAACAUUAACUCUACCAAUUCAACAUCUCAGAAUUUUGAGAUGUAAAGCAGGUCUACGUGCUUGCAGUGAGAUAACAUCCUGAACGCAUACUCAAGCUUUAUCUGUUUCUGCCCAUCUGGAUUCAGUUCAUCUGUGUAUUGUCUUGCUGGCAUGUUUGCAGUGCAGGUGAGCUCUACCAAUACUGGAUAUUUAUCAAGAGAUGCUAUCAAAUUGUGCAAGUUUGCUUGUGCCAGUGGAAAGAAAGAGAGAAGGGAGUAAAAAAAAAGAUCAUUUUCCUCCAACAGAGCAUCAACACACAGCUGUGAAACAAAUAAAAGUAUGCUGGCUUUCAGUUAAAAAAAUGAUAAUUUUAUUAAGUACUCCAUGCUUUCGACCCACUCGAGUGCUUUGAGAGCAACAUUGUCCUGGGGAAGUGCUUGCGUCUUCUGAUGCCUUGAAGAGAUCAAGGAAGUACAAUGGCUAUACGCCUCUGAUGGGUUAAACUGUGCCUAUCAAUUAACAAUGAGGUCCAGAUUUCGAAGUGGAGAAUGGCUCUUCCCCUCCUGUUUGCAGUGACAAGGACUGUCACAAUGCAUGAACAUUCUGAAAACACUAGGGAUAGAGCAUUUAAUGCAUCCAGUGAUACUAACAAAGACCCACAGCAGAUUGUACUCAGACCCUACUAAGUUAAAUGAGGAAAAUGUGACAUCAGAUUUGCUGAUAAACAAAAAGGGAAAAGCUCCAUAGAAAUCAGUGGUGGUUUGUGGACUCUGAUUUCAAUGAAGGCCUCAGCAACAUAAAGUUUGGUGGCAUAAGGCUUUCACUGUUGGUGAUAAUGGUGUGGUGUAUAUCAUGGGGGUUGGAGGGAGUUCUGUCUGGUUAGGGAGUCAAGCACUAAGUUUUCUUCUCUACCACCUAAGGUCAGAACUAGACAAAUAUUUUCCAGGUUUCAAACAUUAAAAACUAUUUGAAUGUGGAAGAAAAUUUACUCAAAAUUUCUCUGAUAUUCACCAUUGAUAUUCUGUCACUUCUUUUUUUGCCCUAUUUUUAAACAUAAGACCAGGUCAGGUUCUUGACUGUUCUGAACUGAUUGAACUUGUUUUAUAUCAGUUAAGGAUGUAAAAGAUUCUCCAUGAAACUCUACCUUUCUCUGAGGCAUAAGUGCAAAUACUCGGGACGUAUUUUCAUGUUUGCAUAUACUGCUUCCAUGUGUCAGUUUUUCUUGCUAUUGCUGCUACCUAUCUAAGUAAAUUCACAAUUAACAGAAUUGCUGGUGACUUUAGUAGGGGUAGCUGUAUUUUGCUUCAGUUUUGUUGCUGCUGGUUUUUAUAUCUGCCCAUUCUUGCAGUCAUUUUAUCAAGGUCUCUUUGUAAUGGCUUAUUUCAAACAAAUGUAGACAUUCUUAAGCUAUACAUCAUGCAUUCCAGUAAAUAACACAAGCCUUCGGCCACUUCUGAAUGUGCCUCAAAUGGCUCAUCUCUACCUGCCAGGGCUACCCUUUGGCAAAUUUCUACUUGGUUUUGUUUAACUGAGGUUUACAAAAGUGAUUUGAUUUCCAGGGUCUUUGGCAGUGCUAGUGACAGCAAUGGCUUACAGAGAGAUACCUUAGACUGUUCCUGAAACAAAGUUAGUGCGUUGUAUUCAAUACAAUAACACUACCCCAACUUGUGAUUAAGUGCUUAGUGAGUUCCAUUUCCUUAUAAGAACAUGUGUAAGAACCCAAGAAUGUAUGCCACAAGUGAACUAAGCAUCAAUCUGUCAGCAGCUUAAGUGUGUUUGGGAUAGUGCAAUGGAAAUAUGCAGUACAGUGACACAGUGUUGUUCUCUGGGAACCGUUUAAGAGCAGAUGGAACCUGUAAAAUAGACUGAUUCAUGAAAGUGUACAGCUUCUAUCAGAUUUGUUGGAUGCUUCCUUGAUUUAACCUAAAUAAACACAGGCCACAUAUGCAUAUGCUUGCAUUUUCAGUAAUGUGCCAGUAGCUGCAGGUGGGGCACCCAACAUUAAUAUGGUACACAGAACUUCAUCAUGGAAAGACUUUUACUUAAAAGGUAUGCUUACUUCCUAGAAUAGUGAGAUGGGUAAACAGUACAGUACCUUUGUUGAAAUAUCCUGAGGAACUGAGAAAAAAGAUUGAGGAUUCUUCAACAUAAAGAAAUCAGAUGCUGGAGUCUCAUUCCAGCUCAAUGGAAAAUUAACUCUAUUGUAGGCAUCUCUUAAAAUUCUAGCAUCCAAUAACAUCUAUAAAAAUGAGGUAGGGUUCUACAGAAAUGACAAUACAAGUCUGUAACAUUUAAUAGAAAAAGGUUAAGCAUCCUACCGAUCUGUUGAAGCACACUGUAAAAUCCUGCAGAAAAUGGAUACAGCUGCAAGUAUAUAUGUAAGGGAGAUGUUACAUUUAUGCCCUUAAAAAAGACUUUCUGAGCAACAUCCCUUGCUAAUCAGAAGAAAUAAUAAGCACUAUAUCAAGAUCUGGGAAGAUGAUUAUAUUUGUGGAAAGCACCACCAGAGUCACCACUUUAUGGAUUUUGAGUUGCAUGUCAUUGUGGCUGUUACAGUGGUUUAGUUCUGGUGUUCCAAAAUCUGCACCAAGUUGAACCUUGGGAUGGAAUUUGCAGACAGCCUACAUUGACAGUUAUCUCACUAUUUUAUACUUAACUAAAUCAGCUUAAUAACUGAAACAUAAGAAAGGCUAGAUUUUCAGUUUUGGUGGGGUUUCUUUGGUCUUUUUUUUUUUUUUAAAUCAAUCAAGUCAAUGCGUCUCCAGAAUUAAAGAAGAAAAAAAAAAAAAAAGGAUGUGGAUAUCUAAUGUCUUGUAUUCUGUGUAAUGCAGUAUUUCUGUACCCCAGCAUAGAUCUUGUUUCAGCUCAUUUCAAGAAAUUUGCCUGGGGUGAGUGGAGUAAGAAAUAGUACAAAAAAUGUAUCUCUGGAAAUCUAAUUCUAUUUGUGUCAUUUUUGUAUGCUGUAAUCUUCAGUUAAAUUUAGAACUACUUUUUAUAUAUCCUUCAGAGUACAGUAUAUAAUUUUGAUUGAGCUAGUUUGCACAUGCAUGCUUUUGAAAGUCUCAAUAAAGUUCUUACCUCUA